AUGAUUAAAAAUAUUUUUAGUGAAUAUUUGAAAUCUUGUGAUAAUAAAGAUUUAAAAAAUGAAGAAAUAAAUAAGUUAAGCAAAAAUUAUUCGAAUGACUAUACUUCAGAUUGGAGAUGGUUUAGCAUAAAAUGUGAAAGAUUAAUUGAAAAUGAAUUAUUUAAAAAAUCUAAUAAAGAAAAUACAACAAAAGAUUAUAAGAAUUUAAUAAAAGCAAAUGAAAGUAUGAUGAAUUUCAAAUCAUUCUUUCCCAAAAUUUUAUUAAAUUUGUAUAGUAAAUGUGAGAAUCCUAAUAAAUUUUUUUCUAAUCUAGUUAUUCAAAAUUUUAAUGCAGUUGUGUUUUUCUGCGAUGCAAGUGGAUUUUCUAAUUUAGCUGAACAGUUAGACAAAAGAAUAAAUGGGACAGAGUUAUUAGGAAAUUGUUUAAAUAAAUUUUUUAAUAUUUUGAUUAAAAUUAUUGAUUAUUGGGGAGGUGAUAUCAUAAAAUUCAGUGGAGAUGCAGUCAUGGUAAUAUGGCCAUUAAACAAAAGUAAAAAUAUAAAAAAUAAAAAGAGUGAUAUAAAAAACGAAAUAACUGAAAUAUGUGAAACAGAAGAAUUAAAUGAAAGUAGAGAAAAAUGUAAUAAAAAAAUUGAACGAAAUAAAAGCUUCAAUAACGAAAAUGUUAAAAAAAUAUGUUUAUUAGCUUUGGGUUGUUGUAUAGAUAUUCAUAAAUUAUUAAAUAAAUUUCCAACACCAAUUGAAAAUAAAUUUUUAAAAGUUCACAUAGCUAUAACAUAUGGUGAAGUUAGCUUUUUGCAAAUUGGUAAUAUAUUGAAUAAAAGAGAUUAUUUAUUAUCAGGUAAACCAUUAGAAGAAAUUGGUGUUGGUGAAUCAUUAGCUAAAAAUGGAGAAAGUGUUUUAUCUAAUUCCUUUUAUGAAAACAUAAAAGAGAAAAUAAUAGUACAAGAAACCUCCAAGAAAAACUUCUACUUAUUUAUAAAAAUGAAAGAAGAUAUAAAUAUCAGAGAAUUAAAAAAGGAGAAUGAAGAGGAAGAAAAUAAUAUAAUAUAUGAUAAUUUUGAUAUUUUAUUAAAAAGUUUUAUACCUGAUAUAGUAUACAGAAAACUAUCCAUUGGGUGUAAUGCAUUUUUUAAUGAGAUAAGAAAAGUUACUAUUAUUUUUGUCUCUGUAAAAGAUAUUGAUACUUCUAAUAUGAUAGGAGUUCAUUCUGCACACAGUAUUAUGAAACUAACACAAAAAGCAGUUUUUACAAUGGAAGGAACAAUUAACAAAUUUAUAUUUGAUGAUAAAGGAAUUUUAAUAUUAAUUAUGUUUGGUUUACCACCAUUAUACCAUUGUGAUGAUUCUAUAAGAGCAUUACUAACAUGCUUCAGAUUAAUAGAUGCAUUGAAAUCAUUAAAAUUAAAUGGGAGCAUUGGAAUUUCUACUGGUAGAAUUUGGUGUGGUAUUAUAGGUAAUAAAAUUAGAAAAGAAUAUACAGCUCUUGGAGAUUCUGUUAAUAUUGCUGCUAGAUUAUGUUGUAAAGCAGGUAAUAAAGAAAUUUACGUUGAUGAAAAUACUUUUAAUAAUUGUAAACAUUUUAUAUCAUUUCAAAAACUUAUUUCCAUAAAAGUUAAAGGAAAAGAUAAACUUAUAAAAAUAUAUUCCCCAAUAGGAACUAUUAAUAAGAAAUUAAUCAAUUUUGUUUAUGAUAACUCAUCCAGUUCAGAUUAUUUCACGGAUGAAGAAUUAUUAGCAAAUAACGAAAAUGCUAGACAUAUGGAAAGUUUAACUGAUAAUCCUUUAACCAUCAAAAAUAAAGAUGAGAAAACAAAAGUUAUGCAAAAUAUAAAAAAAUGUGAUAGAAACAUUUUCAAAAAAGGUUAUGAAGAAGUUACUGAUUUUUCGUUUUUAAAAAAAAAUUUCUUAUUAGUAUAUUAUAAAGAGAUGUUUCAAGAAAAAAUUGAACAAUUAUUUAAUAAAAAAGAUUGUUUCUACUAUUUAAGAAAAUAUGAAAAUGAAAAAAAUUUUUUUUUUAAAAAAUUUUUUAACAGAAAUGAAUCAUGUCAAUCUAACUUCAAAGAAGGAAACACUCUCAAUGAAAACAAUUAUGAUACUUAUCCAACUAAUAACAUGAUUUAUAAUAUUUCUCCAUUCAAUAAAAUUAAAUCUUCUUUGUAUAUUGAUUAUAAUAGUUACACUGGACCUUUUUUUUUACACGAAUAUUAUGAUCCACUAUUUUUUGAUUUUAAUCAAAUUUAUCAUAUUGGAGGAGUUUUAUUCAUAGAAGGAAAUGAAUAUUUAGGAAUAUUUGAACUAAUGAAAUUAAUUGCAAAAAAUUUAAAUAAUUUUAAAAUAUUUAAUAUAAGUAAUAUGCCAAAUUCAUUAUAUAUUAAUAUUACUAAUCCAUUAUUACCAUGGAAAAAUUUGUGUAAUGAAAUUUUAAAUAUGUGGAGAUUAUGUGAUAUGAGAAAAAAAAAUAUUUUUUUUACAAAAAAUGAUAACUUUAAUAUUUUAAGAGAAUUAACACACCCAUCUUAUCAUUGGUUUCUGAAAUGCAUGGUUAACAUUGUUGACGAUUUAGUUAUUCCAUCAAUAAAUUUAAAGAAAAAAAAUAAAAAAGGUAAAAUAAGACAAAGAGAAGAAAAUGUGAAUACAGAUAUUGACACAGAUACAAAAUCAGAAAUAAAGCAAAAAACAAAAAGGGAAUAUAAAAAAAAAAAAAAAAAAAAAAAAAACAUGGAACCAUGUGAUGAUAUAGAAACAUAUAAAAAUAAAAGAAAUUAUCAUUUUUGUAGAAAUAUUUCAAUUCUUUUAAGAUAUUUGUUUUACAAUUCUAAAAAAGAAAUUAAGAAUAAUGAUGAAAAAUCAAAAGAUAAAAUUAAAAAAUAUGAUAAAACAAACACAAAUUCUCUAGAAAUUACAGAGAACGAAAAAACUAAUAAUUUGAGUAAUAAACUUAAAAAAUUGAAAGAAGGAAAAAAUUAUGUAGAUGAAAGCAAUAAUUCCGACCUAAAUUAUAGUCAAAAGAAUAUAGUUGAUAGAAAUUUUAAUUACAGAAAUAAAGAAAAUAUAAACAACUUAAUAAAAAAAAAUAAUUUAGAUGAAAAAAAAAAAAAAUUAAAAAAAAAAUGUGGAGAUAUAAACUCAUCUUCACAAGAGAAUAUUACUACUUAUAAUAAUGUGAAUAACAAUUUCAAAAAUGAACUAAAAGAAUAUAGAAUAGGAAUCAUUAGUUCAAUGGUUUACUAUUUUAGUCUACAUGAAAACACAUUUAUCAUUUUUAAUUAUAGAGCUGGAACUUCUUUAAAUACAAAUGUUGAAGAAAGUACAUGGAAAACUUGUAAAAAUAUUGCUAAAUUAGCUAUGUUUAAAAGAAGAAAAAUAUUUAAAAAUUUACAAAAAAGUUUAAAGAACUGGAGAAAAAAUCAUUGUAGAAAAUGUGACUUUUGCAAAGGUAAUUUUAAUUUAAAUACACAAAAUUAUGAUAAUGAUAUUUAUGAAAACACUGUUAAUUUGAAAAUAGAUAACAAUAGUUUUGAAAAAAAUCAUUCUUCUUUAAAAACACGUAUUAAUGAUAAUGAUGAAAAUAAUUUAUUUUUAAGAGCACAAAAAAAUGAAAUUUUUCAUGAUAAUCUUCCUUUUAACACAGAUAACAAAAUUUUAGAGAAUACAUUUUCCUUAAAGAAAAGGAGAAGUGAUAUUUUUGGAAAUGAUUUUUCUUCAAAAGAAGAAGAAAAAAAAAAAAUUAAUGAAAUAACAUUUUUAGAAAAAAAAGAUGAUAAUGAUGUAAAAAAUGUAAGCAAUGUAACACUACUUAACAAAAACCAUAUUAACAAUGAAAAUGAUAAGAAUGUAGAAAUUUUGGAAAAAAAAAAUUAUAUUAAAAAAUCAGUUGAACAGAAUAAAAACAUAUUUCAAAUGUUUAGAGAAGAAAGGAAUAUUAAUGAGCAAAAAGCAUCUAAGAUAUUUUAUAAAACAUUAUAUCCUAAAAUAAAUGAUAAUAUAUUAUUAUACAUAGCAGAACAAAAAAUGAAAGAAGAAUCAUAUAUUAAAAAGUAUAAAAAUAAUAAUAGUAUAGAUGACGAAUGGAAUAGUAAAAGGUUCCUAAAUAUGGAAAUUAAAAAAUCACUUUUAUGCAAUCCUUUUUUUAAGCAUAAGCAUAAACCACUUAUUUUUUUAUUUGUAAAUGGAGUAAAAACUAAUCAUAUUAAAGAAUUAAGUAAAAUAAAAAAAUAUGCACAAGAAUGUGAUGCAUAUAUAAAAUUAGAAAAUUUAAACAAGAAUGAAUUAUAUAAUUUUGUAAGUUUAUGCUUAAAUACUAAUAAAGAAGAAAUAUCUAAUGAAUUAAUUGAAUAUCUUCAUAAAACAUGUUUUGGUAUACCAAAAUUUGUUCAAUAUACCUUAUUCUAUCUACUUAAUAAUAGUUACAUUAAAAUGUAUAAAUAUCCAUUUAAUAACGAAGAAGAAAAAACAAAUAAAAACAGAAAGGAAGAAAAUAAAUUUCCCAAAUUAAAAGAAAGAAAUGAAAUAUCUACCUUAAAAAGAGAUAAACUAAAUAAAAGUUACGAUGAUAUAAAAAAGAAAAUAGAAAAUAAUUCAAAUAGUAACGAUGAUAAUAACAUUGUUUCAUAUAAAUAUAUAAAUAAUAAAGGCAAACAAGCUAUCAUAGUACAAAAUGAAUUCAUGAAUUUUCAGAAUUUUAAACCAAUUAAUAAGUCUUAUGAUUAUAAAAAUUUUGAUGAAAAAAGUGAAAUAUUAAAAAAUCAAGAAGAAAAAUAUAAAUAUGAAAUAAAAAUUGUUAAAGAUUUAAAUACAGCUCCAUUAAUUCCUAGAUUAACAGCUUAUUGUAUGUCUUUAAUUGAUAGUUUAAAUCAGGAAGAACAAUUGUUGGCAAAAAUUUGUUCUUUUUUUAAUGAUAAAUUCAAUAUUAAAAAGAUGGAGUGUAUAUAUCCAAAGUAUAUUUCUAGAACUGAAUUAAAAAAAAUAAUUGUAAACUUAGUUAAAAAAGAUGUAUUUUGUGUUUAUGAAGAAAAAAAUGAGAAAACAGAUAAUAUAUCUAAAGAUAAUGUGAAUUGUAUUCAUAAUAUCAAUUUUAUAUAUCGAGAUAUAUAUAAUAAUAUGAAUAAUUUAUAUAAGAAAAAAAACAAACUUCAUUCUUUAUUUAAUAACCAUUCAAAAAUAACAGACAACGAAAUAUUUUUUUAUAUAAAAAAUUUUUCAUUAAAAAAGGUUUUAAAUGAUUUACUGGAGACUGAAGAAAAAAUGUAUAUUAAAAAAAUUUAUAAAAAAUAUAUAGAAGAUUAA